UAGAUGUUUUAAAAAAAAUAAAAUUCGCGUAAAGAUAUGAGUGUUACAGUAAAUAACAUUGAAAACCGCGACCAAUUAUUGAAUUUCGUAGUUGUUGAGUUGAAAAACAAUGGUAUCAAGUAUCGCAAGGACCCGAAUGUUAAACAUUCGAAAAAACAGGAGAAAAUAACUUAUGGCAAAGUGUUCCACACAGCUCUGGAACACUUGGACACAGUAAGCGUAGACGAUGGAGUUCUCAUUCCAACAUUUGUGGUAAAUGCGUGCAAGAGAAUUUUGGCUGAAGUCUCGUACGAAGGAAUUUUCCGUAAAACUGGUUCCACGAAACGACAAAAGGAGAUAAUUGCAAAAUUGGAACGUGGAUUGCCGUUCGACGAUACAGACAAUGUCCUGGAUAUCGCAAGUAUCCUCAAGACGUUCUUCCGAAAUCUGCCGGAUGCGAUAAUUCCGCCGGGCACGUUACAGGAGACCCUCAUCAAGUGUUUGUUGGACGAAAAAACGUCGCAUCAGAACAUUUUGUUGACAUGUUUGUUGUUGCCCGUGCUCAAAUUGAAUACACUCGCGUAUUUGAUGCAGUUUCUGAACAAGGUGUCCGAGUAUGCGAGCGAGAACAAGAUGACCAUCGAAAAUCUCGCCAUCAUUAUGGGACCCAAUAUUAUGCCCGUGUGCCAUAAUGUGCAACAGCGAAACAGUGCCCAUGUCAAAAUUAUCUCGAUUUUGAUCAAGAACGCCUACCAGAUUGGCAUUGUGCCGGAAAAUAUUCUGGAAAAGAUGCAAGAUUUGAGCACUUCGAGAGAUGAGGUGUUGUUGCAAACGGAGAAAAAGAAGAAGAAACGACGAAGCGGAUCGCUAAAUCGCGUUUUUAAUGGAUUACGGAAAAUUGUGGGAGCACUGGGCUCGUCGUCAGAGAGUUUGGAGAGAACACCGGACGCUGAACGAGUCUUGCAGACGCCAGUUUUGACAAAAUCCACGAAAAAACGAAGGAAUAACGAGAAUCCGUUCAGUGCCAAGAAGAAAAAGGACUUGAUGUCGUUCCUGCCGAAUAAUGGAGCGAUUUUGCCAAAUACGCCAAUGAACAAAGACCACAAAAAGACACGAAUGAGUCUUGCUGGACGCAAAGAGAACAAAGUUGGCCUUUCCACAGUUGACAUUGCGCACAGCAGUCAACCCAUGGAACGUCGAUGGAGUUUUGUGUUGUCGCGCAAAAAAAGUGUCGACAAGUUGCAUGCCGAAAACAAAAUUUUAGUUCCUUGUGGAUUAUCGCCCGUGCUUUCGAUGCCAUCUCUCACACCGGACAAACGUGCAUCCCUGAUAAAAGACAAAGAACCGGACUUUUUGCAGCCGGAAGACGAUAAACAAACGGAAGCCACAGAAGCGACGACGUCGAGUGACGAUGAUUUUGUCAAAAUUCCUCGAAGUGAAUACGAGGCGAUUAAAGAUCGCGUUGCUGCCAUCGAAACGUGCAUCUCCGAAGAAUUUCAGAAAAAUGAAAAGUUGCUGAAUGAUUCGUUCGUCGAGCCUGUUGUAAAGCCAGAAUGUGGUCCAGUAGCCGUUGACGACAAAUAUCAUGCGACGCUAAAAGAAACGCAUCCCAUCAACGAAGUUGCAACGACGACAGACCAGCUGGCGAAACGUUUAAGUCGCGAACUCAAGAUUCGUCGAAGCACGGAAAAUCAAGUGAUCCGAUCGCCAAGUGCGCGAAAAAUCGGCACGAUGAGACGCAGAUCGCGUGAAAGUGGUGCCAGACUAUCACGCAGCACGACAUGGCAUGUGGCCUCCAGUAGCAAAGAUAUGACGGCAAAAAUCGAAGAUUUGUCAAAGGACUCACUCUGCUUGCGAAGCAAUUUGAGAAGAGGACGUCCGAACACGUAUCUGCGACAUCCGAGUCCCGUGAAAAAGACGGAAGGAGUCAAACCGGAAGCCACAGAGGAAAAAUCUGUCAAUAAUAGUGAACAAUGGCACGACGCCAAGAGUUUCUUCAACGACCCCAUCAACGAUAUGCACAACAUGUCCGUUGAAAUUGUCGAAGAUAAUGUUCCGUUGACAGUUGCGGCACCCAUUCGAGUACUUUUGACGCCCGAAAUUCAAAGCAAACCUGAAGAUAAUCUCUUCAAGACACCAUCUAAUCUUCCGUUACGCAUGACCGCUGCCAUAUCUGCCACCAAAUCCUGCGAUAAAACACCCAUGCUGCCUCCGAGUCUUCCACCACGUCGAUCUGCCACGAAAAAGACGCCCACCGCAACGACCAAAACGCCGCGAACAUUGCUCUCGCACACCACCCCCAUCCAGCAAAUGCAGACUGGACGUGCUUCGAUUGCGAGAAUUCGCGCAAAUGUCGGUCACGUGGCUGCCAAAGCGAAGCUAUUCGAUAAUUUAGGCGAUGGUCCGAGCGGAGGCGAAGCUCCGAAGCCUGUUUCGCGAUCUGUGAAUCGUCGACAAAGCAUUAAACCGCAACUUUUGUCGCUUCCCGAGACAAAACGUGUGCUAAAAGAGAAUAAUCCACCGGCAGUCGUCAUAAAAUCGAGUCUCGCGAAAGAAACGACGCCAAAAAGGAAGAAUUUAAAAUUGAAUACCGAAGCUGCGCGACGAUAUCGUCUCCAAAUGGGUGUCACACGAUCUCCCAUCAGUGCCAAUAAGCAACGCAAGAUGGAACAACUGAAUGCCAUGAAGUUGCAACAUCGCUUAGAGGAUGUGCGUAAACAAAAAAUCUCCGAACUCGAGGAAAUUUGCCAAAAAAAGUCUUUGGCCAAAGGUGAAAAUACACCCACAAGGCGAUCCGCAGCUUUGAAAAAGGCAAAAUCGGCCGUUAGAACACCGGUAAGGGCAGUUCGUGCUUCGCCGUCGACUCUUGCACGCAAAUCCCCUCGCACCACGCUCGUGAGGCGAUAAUUCUAGCCAUUCCAAACCCCUCGAACAACUCGAAAUACUUUAACUUUUAUGCAAACUUU